AUGCACGUGGGGCCGAGCUGCCGUGUUCAUGGAUCAUACCCAGAGCAUGAAGCAGCGACUGCAGCGCUUCCUCGUCAAAUUCUACGAGCCGUCCAGAUUGAUGUUUAUCUACUAAACUGCCAUCUUCGGAUCAAAACUGGGAAAACCAAGUUACAACAAGUAGAACUGUCAACGGUUUUCCCACCAUACGUAGCAUUAAUAUUCCGUCCUGCGUCAGCUGCUGUUGAACCUCGAUUGAAUUCAUACAGUAUACAGUGA